UGUUCUAAACGGAACGCAUCGCCCCAGCAUUGCACCGAAUGCCGAUAACCCGCGUCCCGCGUUCGUAGUUAGUACCGUUCGUAGAUACCAGAUAACAAACCGUAAUAUUUUACAAUUUAGUAUUUUUUGUUUAUUGACAAUUUGACAUUCGUUUAACUGUUGUUUAAUAAGCCAACAGGGAAGUUUUUGCAGCAAAUCAAUCAAAAUGAUCAUUCCGAUUCGGUGCUUCACAUGUGGAAAGGUCAUAGCAAACAAAUGGGAGAGUUACUUGGGCUUACUACAAGCCGAAUACACAGAAGGUGAUGCUCUGGAUGCACUUGGACUCAAGCGGUAUUGUUGUAGACGUAUGUUACUCGGUCAUGUUGAUUUGAUUGAAAAGCUUCUCAAUUAUGCGCCGCUCGAAAAAUGAUUUUGUACUACUAAUAAUUUUUUUAAAUAUAAUAAUCAAUAAAUAAGAUGUAAUUCAUUGUGUAUUAUUUAUAUAUUAUAUUUUUACAUGUAUAUUAAGACGCAAAAGAUUUGUAAUUACUAAAACUCAAAAUUUAUGAUCAAAUCAAUUUUUGGGAUAAAAAUAUUACUCAUCAUAGGUAAAUAAGUAUCAUUAUAUAUUUUUUUGUUAAUAUAAAAGCAACACAAUUUA